UACCAGUAGAGCGAAUAUAUAGAGGCAGGGCCUGGUUAACAGAGCAACAGUAGUUCGUCUCCCUCCAACCAACCCUAGUUGGAUGGACCUGUCCAAGUAUGUGGCUAAUCUCAUACUCUUCUUCCGUAGGCUCCGGAUCCGGGCGUUCCGUGCGAUGGGUGGCGGCGCCGGCGCGGAGGAGGAGCUCACGGCGCAGGAGACGGCGCUCUAUGACCGACAGAUCCGCGUCUGGGGCGUCGACGCCCAGAAGAGACUAAGUAAAGCACAUGUGCUUGUGUGCGGCGUCAACGGUACUACUAUUGAGUUCUGCAAGAAUAUUGUUCUAGCAGGAGUUGGUAGUUUAUCCUUGAUGGAUGAUCACGUAGUCACGGAGGAUGAUCUCAAUUCAAACUUCCUAAUUCCACAUGAUGAGAGUAUCUAUGGUGGUAGAUCACGAGCUGACGUUUGCUGCCAGUCCCUAAAAGAUUUCAAUCCAAUGGUCCGAGUUGAUGUUGCAAAAGGUGAUCCUUCACUAAUUGAUGGAGAAUUCAUUGACAAGUUUGACAUUAUUGUAGUUAGCUGCGCAUCUCUUAAAACCAAGUUGUUUAUUAACGACAACUGCCGGAAGAGAAACAAGCAUAUUGCCUUCUACUCGAUAGAGUGCAAGGAUUCCUGUGGUGAAAUAUUUGUUGAUCUGCAGAACCAUAGCUAUGUUCAGAAGAAGCCUGGAGGAGAUCCUAAACAGCAGGAGUUGGCAUAUCCUAGCCUGCAGGAAGCUAUUGAUGUGCCCUGGAAGAGUCUGCCCAAAAAAACAACUAAAUUGCAUUUCGCCAUGAGAGUCUUGGAACGUUAUGAAUUAUCUGAAGGGCGUGAACCUGGCGAGACAUCACUUUCUGAUCUGCCUGCAGUUUUGGCUCUGAGGAAGGACAUGUGUGAUAGAAUGUCUUUAAAUGAGUCUCAAAUUCCUACGGCUCUACUGGAACGGCUUGUGGCAGCUGGAAAGAAGGAACAUCCUCCUGUAUGUGCAAUCCUUGGUGGCAUUCUUGGUCAGGAGGUGAUUAAGUCUAUAUCUUGUAAGGGAGAUCCGGUCAAGAAUUUCUUUUAUUUUGACGCCGCCGAUGGUAAAGGGGUCAUGGAGGACAUCCCCCCAACUCCCGCAGACUAAACGACUUACUGCCAAACACUCAUUCUACCUGGCUCCCUGAUAAUCGUCCCUAUUCAUUAGUGUUGAACAUGUGAAAACUCUAGAUUAGUGGCUGAUGCAGUAAGCUUAUACCUGGCAUUGUAGCCGUGGCAUCAAGCUUUGGCAUUGAACAAACAAUUGACAUUCUCCACCAAACAAUUCCAUAGGUCAAGUCAGAGAGAUUUUCAUGUUUAUUGAGUGACGAAAUGCUUGGUUUCUGCUUGCCCUUUGCCCCAUAUUUGGUGAAGUUAUUGAAAAUUACAAAAAUGUCAUGUGACA